AUGCCAGCGACAGACUCAGACGGCGAAGAUGCAAUCACAAAGGAGGAAAUCACCGGCACCGCGCCCGCCCCAGCAGCGACUGCGGCCGGGGUAAGCCAAGGGACGAAGCGCAACGCAUUCGCAGAGCUCAUGGCACCGAAGCCGAAGAAGACCACCGCGACGACCUCCGAAGACGAGCAGCCCUCGACACUAGCCUCCCGCCGCUCGACCCUAACGCGCACAUUCAAGAACCGCGACGGCCUCGGCGCCUACACGCACGACCCGACAUCGUUCCCGUCUUCGCGCGUCAUCUACCACAACGACGACUUCGUAGCGAUCAACGACCAAUACCCGAAGUCGACGGUACACACGCUUCUACUACCGCGCCACCCAACCCUCAGCCGUCUGCACCCGUUCGACGCGCUCUCGGACGCCACGUUCCUAACAACAGUACAAGAAGAGACGGCGCGGUUGAAGCGGCUCGUCGCCAAGGAGCUGCAGCGGCGGUACGGGCGGUACAGCAAGCAGGACCGGCUGCGCGAGGCGGUGUUAAACGAGGAGGUGGAGUGGCCCGCCGGGAGCGAGCUGCCCAGGGGCCGCGACUGGGAGGCCGAGCUGCUGGUCGGCGUGCACGCGCACCCGUCCAUGAACGACCUGCACGUGCACGUCCUGGCGCCCGACAUGUUCUCGGACUGCAUGCGCCACAGGAAGCACUACCUGUCGUUCAACACGCCGUUCCUGAUCGACGUGGCCGACUUCCCACUGGCGGACGACGACCCGAGGAGGCAUCCGGGACGCGCGGGGUAUACCAAAAGGGACUUGCAGUGUUGGCGUUGCGGGAAGAACUUUGGGAAUAAGUUCAAGCAGCUCAAGGACCACCUGGACGAGGAGUUUGAGGAAUGGAAGAGGGAAUGA